AGUGUCGUCAGCGGAGGCAGGGAGUACGUGGUAUGCGCCGGCGCACUGGCGCACUGGCGCAGUUCCCGCGCGUGUCGGAGGUCGCGCUCUGUCCUAUAUAUUGUGACCGAGCUGCUUUGCUGCUUACUACCCGGCUCACUCGCACGCCGCCAACACCCACCCGUCACACCACAUUCGGGAGCGGCUGCCGCCUGACAGUUUCCCGCCUGGCGUGACCGUCAGUCUGCGCGUACGCAUCAAAGCUCGCCACCGCGCGCGCUACACCGCUGCAGUGAUACUGUGACAGUGCCCCUAACACCUCAACAACAUCCAACAACGUGAACAUGAACCACUACGUGAAAAUUGCUUUAGUGCUGUGCGCAUGCGUUGCGCUCACGUCAGCGCAAUUCAACCACUUCGGAGACUUUUCAGACUUCGCCACUAGCUUCGGUUCCAACUAUAACUAUCUCUCGUCUGCCGCAGCGAGAGACCCUAGGGCUAACACGGGUCCGGUGUUGUUCCCCCCCUCCCCGGCCGGCGACCCCUCUCAGACCAGUGGCGUGGUUGUCGGCGCUUCCGGCUAUGGUUUUGUGCCGCCCGGCUCCCAAGGACCGGCUAUACCAAGAUUUGUCUAUCGAAGAUUGUAUUAUAGAUAAUGUAUAAUUUAGCUGAAUUUUGUUGCGAGCGUUUGAAUGGAUGGGUAAUGUGUACAGACUUAUAUUUAUACAUGCGUGAAUGUAUACAAUUGAAUCUAUAAAAAUCUGUGAUAAAACUAUUGUAGUUACAAUCCAAAAAUGUAUAUAAACUUGUAAUGUAGCUAACGUUACGUUGCCUUGUUUGAAUAAAAUAUUUAAAUUGUGUUUGAUUUAUGUGAACAUGUAAAUCUAAUCCUAUGUAAAUAUAAACGCCAGCCCACUGAAA